AUGGAGAGGAAUGAGAAGGAUAUGAAUGGGAACAAAAUGCAACAACAGAAGCAAGCUUCAAUUUCAUGUGUUCAAAAUGAAACUCAUGAGCAACAACAAAAUCCAGAAGGAAGAAAAAGAAAUGACAUUCCAACUACUAACAAUAAUCGUUCUUAUAAAUUUGUAAGAGUUGAGUUAGGGGAUAAUGUUAACCAUUUUGUUAUUGAACGCGAUCUUGGAUUACAUAAACAAAUCAAUGAGUAUCAUCCCAAUGAUCGUGAAAAAGCUUCAGUCAACGCAGUUCGUUGGUUAGCAUGCCAAAAUUGUACAUUUAGAGGAGAUGAUGAAAGUAUUAGUUCUAGAAAUAGAGGAAACUUUCUAGAACUUAUCAAAUAUGCAGCUUUGUACAACGAUGAAGUGAAGAAAGUAGUGUGGGAAAAUGCACCUAGGAAUGCUUCAUAUACACCAUCAACGAUACAAAAGGAGAUUUUUCAUAUCUUUGCUAGCAAAGUAAAAGAAGAAGUAAGAAAGAAGUUUGGAGAGGCAAAAUUUUGUAUGAUUUUAGAUGAAUCACAAGACAGAGCUGAAAGAGAGCAAAUGGCGAUUUUGUUCAGGUUUGUUGAUAAGUUUGGCAUUCUUAAGGAGCAAUUUUUCGAUCUCGUCCAUGUUAAAAAUACUGCAUCAUUAACUUUAAAAGAAGAAUUAUAUCAACUUUUGUCUUACCACAACUUGAAUAUUACAAAUGUCCGAGGUCAAGGUUACGAAGGUGCUUCUAAUAUGCGAGGAGAAUUUAAUGGCUUGAAAGCUUUGAUAUUGAAGGACUCUCCUUAUGCAUAUUAUGUUCAUUAUUUUGCUCAUAGGCUUCAAUUAGCAUUAAUUGGAGCUACAAAAGAAGUGAUUCCCAUACAAUAA